CGUUCAUAUCCCCUGGUGCCCAACCGUGCCGUGUCCUGUUUCCGGCGGGCAGUCUCUAUUACUUUUGUCCUGCCUGACGGAGAGAUCCCCCUUCUCGGCCUUCUCACGGCCUCGAGGCCGCAGUGAUCAGCGAUCAGCAGCGGCAGUGACAGCGACGAUGACUGGAUGGCAUGGAUGGAGUACUUCUCUGAUCUCUGAACGAGGUACCUGGGAGCUGGGAGUGGCCGGAAUGGAGGAUGCUACGAGCUACGAGCAACGAGCUACGAGAGCGACGGGGGCCAAAGGGAUGGGAAAUGCAACCCACUUUUCAAGAUGCCCUGGUUUGAUAGAUCGUUCAGUCAAGGCGGCAGGAGGCAGGAGGCAGAAGAGGAGAGGAGUUGGGGGUGGGUGUCUCAUGCCUCAUCAGAGUCUGUAGCUGUAGCUCCUCACCUGCUACGCACAGAGUCGACCAUGCUGCAUGCGAGCGAUGAUGCAGUCAUCAUCCAGCAAAUAAGGCGCAUCACCCAAACCCUCCUAGUCCUCCUAGUCCUCCUAGUCGUCCUCUCAACUUUAGUCUCGACAGCUCGACAACUAUUGCUCUCCCCUCCCCUCCCCACCCACCCCAUUACUACGUACCACCCACUCUUCUCCUUCCAACACCACCACAAGUCUCUUCCACAACGCUCACUCCCCUCCUCCGUCCACCACUCUACGACCUCACUGCCCCACCACAACUUCCCCCUCAGACGUCACCAAAAGCGAUAUCGGCUUCCCCUUCAGCUCUCCCAUCGCUCCCCUCUUCCCCACCUCCCCUCCCCUCCCCUCCCCCUUAGCACUUUUCGCCAAGAAUACCUUUUCGUCUCUGCGUGCCACAGCCCACUCGGUGUAACGGUCGCCGUCGUCGCGUUCCCUGGCCAAGGUCCAUCCAUCAAGAAGACUCUUGCAACAUCCACAACACUGUCUCUGGCAUUCUGGCAACUGGCAGCUUGGCCCUCUUGGAUUCACUCCUAUCCACCCCGUCCAAGGUUGCUUGUGACGCUCCCCGCAUAUCACCCAUCGUUUCCGAUUCCUCCAUUGCACUCUCCGACUCUCCUUGAUCCUUGAUCCUCCCAGGCCCCGCCGCCAGUCGCCGCCGCCUGGCACAUUUGGAUACAUCACGCUUGUUCUUCCACCUCCCCAGGCCUCGUCGCUCAACAUUACCGCACGACACGCUCCAGAGGCUUCCUUGAUCUCUAGCUUUCUUCCAAGCUUACACUUCGAUCCUCCUCGGCCCCCGACCAGCACGCCGAGCCCGCCGAGCACUUCGUGCACGUUCCUCGGCCUUUAAAUA